AUGGACGAUGUUUUAUCGCUAAAAGAAUCCGUAUUAUAUUAUUUAGACAGAAGUGGUGGUCUUCUUAAACUCGCCGAAGACUGCAAGACUUUCAAUGACCCCCAGCAGAGUGAGGCAGUGUAUAGGUUUUGCAUUAGUGUGAAUCCUUCUGACCUGGUAGAGCUGGACCCCGUGUUGGGCGACUGUAUUCUACACAGCCCGCUGAAAGCGACCGCCCUCUUUCAGUCUGUUUGUUUUCUAUCAAUAAAGACCCUUUCCCUGAUAGAGAAGAUACACACAGAGAAUCAGGUUAAUGUGAUCCUGAAGCUGACUCACCUGCCUCCAUUUCCUGAAUACUGUCUGGACCUCUGUGAGUUCCCCCGUGGGUAUGGCCCCAUGAGGCCCGUUGCCAUGGAGGGCCUCGUCAUUGCCAUGACGAGGGUCACCAAGUACACUCAGGGGGCCAGAUUCCUCUGUACGGAGGACGGCUGCCCCUGCUCAACAGGGUUCCAUCAUAUCAGAGUACACGCCCCCGGGGCCACUGAGUCUGCCACAGUGAGGAGAGACUUCACCUGCCCUCUCUGUUCCUCUCCCCUCAUAGAGGACGUCAAAUUCAGAGUGCUUGGAGACAAGCAGCUGGUGGAGCUGAUUCAUGUCAGAGCUCUCGCUGUGCUGAGUGUUCAUCCACACAGCUCCCUCAGAUACCAGUCUGUCAGCCUGUUUCUCAGAGAUGAACUGUGUAACUCGAUGAGGAUUGGCCGGCUGUACAGGGUUCUGGGCAUACCUGCGCAUGUGCACCAGUGGCCUAAAGUCACUUGGAGCGUGGAAGCCAACAGUGUUCAACCAUGGAAGCCAGCGUAUUCACAUCAAAUCAGCACUAACUUCCAGGCGCUGCUGACGGCCACAGCCUGCUCUCCCUGGAGGUUCUCGGCCGUUGUUGCUAACUCGUUUGGGUCGGCCGUGGUUCCCCCAGGCCUGUACAGCACCCUAAAGCUGGGCCUGCUCCUCAGCUUGGUCCAGACCAGGUCAGAGGAACCAGACUCCCUGCAGUGUCUGGACCUGUUGUCCCUGACCACAGACACACUCAUUAUAGAAAGGUUGAUGACCUACAGCCUGGGCCUGGCUGGACGUGGCGUCAGACACCAGGCCACGGGGGAGAUGUUUGCAUCCCUGUCCCGAGACGAGCACGGGGCAGGCACCGCCAACGUCCAUGCUGGCUCCGCCCUGCUGGCCACAGGGGGAAUCUGCAUGCUGGGAGACCUGGGGGGCUACAGGAGAGACAAGAUGGACGCCGUUCAGUCAGCCCUGGAGAGCCGGGUGGUGUCUGUGUUUGUACCGGGGAAGAAGUACGGAGAGGACGCCCCCCAGACACUCUCAUUCCCGCUUCAGUGCAGCUUCUGGGCCCUGGCCGACUCCACGGCCCCCUCCAGGAAGCCCACCAGGGGGGACAGUGCUGUGCUGUUGGGGACAGUGGAGAUGGGCCCAGUCCCCAUGCAGCUAGCGGAGGCCUUUGGCCUGGUGAUCCAGUGUAGGGAGGCAGGGGGGGAACAAGCCCUGCUGGCCCAGACGGUGCACACUCUGAGGCAGGCGGUGCAGCCUGGAGAGCCCCUCUACCCUUCCUGCAUGCAGUUCACCACACAGGACUACCAAGAGCUCCUGGCCCAUGCGCAGACCUUGCAGGUGGAGAUGAGCCCUGGAGCUGAGAAGAUGAUUCAUGGGUACUACAUGGCCAGCCGCAGGGUCCGCUCAGACACUGCCCACGGGGCCAAGGUGUCUGUGGCCUCCAUGAAACUCCUGAUCUCUCUGGCUGAGGCCCACAGUAAACUGUCUCUGAGAAGCAGCGUGUUGGAGGAGGAUGCUGUGAUCGCUGUCCUGCUCUGUGAAAACGCCAUCAUCCUUCGGCAUGGGACCUCAGCGCUCGUUAUCCCACCUGACGCAGCCUUUCCCUGUGACCUGGGUGAUCUGGAGGCCCUGCAGCAGAGAGACGCAGCCUUGCAGCAGCUCCACCAGGACAUCCUGCACUUCAUCUACGCCCACGCCCCCGGGGCCGACAGCUACAUCACAGAGGAGUAGCAGGCUCCUGUAGGUGUGCCGUCAUACGACAGCAGGACCACGGCAGGCAGGUUCAAACCCCAGGCUGGAC